AUGGCUUCCGGACUUAGAAAUGUCGUCGUUGUUGGUGGAUCAUAUGUUGGAAUUAACGCGGCCAAGGAACUCGCCAACGUGCUGCCUGCAACGCACCGCGUACUCCUCAUCGACCCUCACAGCCACUUCAAUCACCUCUUCGCUUUUCCACGAUUCGCCAUCCUACCAGACUAUGAGCACAAGGCCUUCAUCCCAUACUCGGGCCUCUUCAAUGCAGCACCAAAUAAAGACCUGCACGAAAUCGUGCAAGCAAAAGUUGUGUCACUCAAGCCCAAGGAGUUAACUCUAGACCGAGAAUGGAAGGGCUCAAAGCAGCUCCCAUUCGAGUAUCUCGUCGCCGCAACAGGCACGCGCCUCGCUCCGCCUGGCUCAAUGCCUGAGGAUGAGAAGGUACCGGGAGUUGAGUACCUCAAGAAGUACAACCAAGGCAUCAAGAACUCCAAGUCGGUCAUCCUCGUUGGAGGCGGCGCCGUCGGCGUGCAGAUGGCCUGCGACCUCAAGGAGAUCUACCCAGAAAAGGAGGUGACGCUGGUUCACUCGCGGGAGCACAUCAUGCCAGUAUACCAGGAGAAGCUGAGCGACAUGAUCAAGGAGAGGUUCGCAGAGCUAGGCGUCAAGUUCGUCGGCGGCUCGCGGGUCAACAUCCCGGCCGGAGGAUACCCCCUCGGCGGGACAGGCGAGCCCAUCACCGUGAGCCUCCAGGACGGGCGGACCCUCGCGGCGGACUUUGUCGUCCAGGCGACCGGGCAGAUCCCCAACACGCAGUUCCUCAAGGACCUGGCGCCGUCCUCGAACGACUCCCUCACCAACCCCAAGAACGGGUUCAUACGCGUCAAGCCGACGCUGCAGUUCCAGGACCAGGCGUACCCUUACCUUUAUGCCCUCGGGGACGUCGCUGAUUCCGGGGCGCACAAGGCCGCCCGUCCGGGUUCUGCGCAGGCGGUCGCCGUGGCGAAGAAUAUCCAGGCCAUGGUCGAGGGCAGGCAGCCCAGCGAGGAGAUCGUGGUUGGUCCGGCUGGGAUUCACUUGACUCUGGGAUUGACAAAGAACACCAUUUUCAGAAACCCAGAUCCCAAGGCCGGAGAUCCCGAGCCCUUCAUCAACCUGAAGGAUGACGGCAGUGCCGACAUGAAUAUUGAUGCUGUCUGGGAGAGGCGUGGCGUCAAAGUGACGGACCCGAGAGACUAUCAUUUGUGA